AUGGCGGAUGACGAAGAGAGGCAGCGAUGGUGGUUGUCCGUCAUGCAACAGGCGGUAGCCAGCCAAGGGUAUUCUGAGGAUGAAAGCUCAGCAGUGCUUCAACGGGGUAGGAUGGCUGCUCGCAGGCGUCAGGGGGAUGGUGAGAGCUAUGGCAUGUCAACUCCCAGUCGCGGCAUGUCACCAUCCAGCCCGUCGCUGCGCAGCAUGAAGCAAUUAUGCGACGCCUUGCAAACUGAAAGAGAUCAAUUGCAACAGAGUGUGGUGGAUCUCGAGACCAAACUCACUGACCUGGAAGGGAGCCGCUUUGAACCUCCAGAACUUGAAGAACUGCAAAUAUACUGCAGCACUUUGGAGUCUCAAAAACGCACCUUGGAACAGGAACUGGCAAAGUCCCGUUCAGAAACAGCACCACUUGAAGGAACUGAACAAUCAGUUGAUUCCAUCGAGGGCCUGACCGCAGAGAAUGCAAGGCUGCAAGGGGACUUGUCUGAAGAAAGGCAUGGUCAUUCGAGGGCUCAGGCAGAACUGCAAGUGGGCCAAGAUCGAAUCAAAGAAUUGGAGGAACAGCUGAGCCUUCUGCAAAGAGACUACGAUGAAAGGUUCCAGACCUUUGAUUCUCAGAAGGUGGAAGCUUUGGCCGGUCCAGCAGUAUCCAUGGAGCAGCAGCAAAAGAUGAUUGACUUGGAGGUGGAAAACUCACGGCUGCAAGAGGACUUGUCCAAAGAAAGGCAUGGUCAUUCGAUCGCUCAGGCAGAGCUGCAGGCUCGAAUCGAGCAGUUGAUGUUGGAGAUGCUGCAACUGUUUCUUGGCAAAACAGAUGUUCAGAUGUUCAUUGAUGCUGGUGAUGGCACCCGACACCUGUGGCCUUUCUCGAAGAACCGCUUGAAUGGCCGAGGCGAGCGUGUGGCGGAGCAGUUGGUCGACAGGGCCAUGGAGGAUGCCAAGGAGCCAAGCUUGGAGGCGUGUGGUCGUGAUGCAGCGUUCCUCUUGUGCAGCGUGGUGUCCCAACUCGUGAGCUUGACGGUUGGCCCUGAGAAAGGCUCACCGAAGUUGCAAAUGAUCAGCGUGAGGGUCGGCACCACUGUGCAGGUCCUAGAGGUGCUCCACAGGCCAGAAGAUCGGAGAGUGCGUGGUAGGUCGGGUGCUGAGCGUCUCAUGGCUGAGAUCGGGAUUGAGGAGCCGGCCGGGUGGAUCUCCAUUGUGAGCACGGAGGAUGUGGGGGUGGACCCCCCAGAAAGCACUUGGCAGGAUUCCAACCGCUGGGCUGGCCGUGAUCUUCAACGGAGCAAUUCUUGGGCCUGCAUGCGCUUGGAGCAGCUGCAGCGCCUCCAACGAGAACUGGAAGUCUUGGAAGCCUCGAAGCUGGAAGCCGCCGAGGCUGCCGGAGCUGCACAGCAGAGCUGUGAUUUGGAGCUCUCCCAGAGCCGGCAACAGCUGGAAGCUGCGCGGGCGGAGGCAGCCGAGGAUCUGGGACGCCGGGAGCGGGAGUUGCAUGAGCUAAGGGAAAGACUCCGGAGCUUGGAGCUGCAAUUGCACCAGGCGCAGCUGCAAUGUGAUGGCCCCGGGGUCUACAUCUUGGCCGGUGAGGUGGAUGUCACCGAGGCUGUGGGGCGAGGAUCUACCAAGGUGGGUCGGCUACAGCCCGGGCAGGAAGUGCAUGUGUUGGAGGUGGUGCAGAAGGAGCAGGAUCGACGGGUCCGCGCUCGGAUCCAGCAGCCUGCUGGGUGGAUCUCACUGCUCGACACCUCCGAAGGGCACCGCUGGGCCCAUCGGCAGCUGGCAGCAACGAAUGAAUGGAUUAGCCACUUGGAAUGCCCUUUCAAUGUCUUUGUGUAG